AUGGAGGCGACGACGACGACGACGACGACGGGCGCGGGAGAGCGCGACGAAGCGCGGCGAUCGCUCGAAGCGCUCGGUGAACGCGAGUUUCUGGAUGAUUUGAUAUUGACGCUGAGGAAGGAUCCGGCGCUCGCGCGAGAGGUUCCCGAGGGCGUGGACUACUCGCAGUUCCCGCAGCGCACGGUGAAUGGUUUUAAACUGGAUUUGUUUGGGUUGUAUCACAACGUGUGCGCGCGGGGAGGUUUUCCCGUGGAGACGAAUGGGUCGGCGAGCAAGGUGCCGUGGUCGUGGAGCAAGGAAAUUUUCAAGGGCAUGGCGAACUGGACGGACAACCAUCGGUGCACGUCGGUGGGGCACGAUUUAAUCUGCAGCUAUCGCAAGUACUUGCUCGCGUACGAGCAGGCGCACCCGGAGGACGUCGACACGAGCGGCGCGCCCGUGGACGCGAACGCGGUGCCGCGCGGCGAGCAGACGAUUCGAACGCGCGUGGCGACUGGCGCGCCGCAACGACGACGCGCGGGCGAAGGCGGCGCGGGAGGGAGUGGACGCGGGCGCGGACGGCCGCGCAAUCCCGACGGCGGCGGUGGACGCGGGCGCGGGCGCGGGCGCGGGCGCGGGCGCGGGCGACCGCCGGGAUUGCCCUCGCGAGGCGGGAACAAUUUCAACUUUUCCAUCGGCAAUCGCGUGCGCGUGUACUGGCCGAGCGAUAACGAUUGGUACUCGGGGAUGGUCGUGAUGCAGGAGACGACGCCGGAGGGGGUGGUUUACAGUAAAAUUGAUUACGACGAUGGUGAUGAAGAAGUUUUGAAUCUUUCAAACGAGAUUUGUGAGUGUUUGGACGACGACGAAGAUGGAUUAGUGUAUCGCCCGAGACCGAGCUCGAGGCGAGGCGCGAACACGGGCACUCCUGGGCAAUUGGCGUUGGAGUACCAAGGUGGACACGAGCACGAGACGAUGCGGCAGCCGAUAUCUAUGGAAGAAGUCCUCGAGGCGAUGAAUCGUCGGGAAGCAGCGCGAGGUUUGUUUGAGCUAUCGGCGGAACCGCACGAGGCGCAGGAAACGUUUCGGCUCGGGUACAUGAUGGGCGUUCGUCGCGCCGCGUUCAAGGCGGUGGAUGUCAUGCAAACCAUGCUGGCGAGGGCGUUUCCCGAGGGUGAUCCGAUGCGGGAUUUGGUGACGAAAGAAGAUUUGCACAAGGCGGUGGUGGAUGGCACGUACGAGGCUGAUGCGGAGAGCGAGCUCGAGGAGGAACCGCCGGAGGAUGAAGCGAACGAUCCCAUUGAGACGAAGACGUACGAUCGCCCUUGGCCGAAAGAAACUAAUAUCCCCACGGAACAGGAAGUGUCGGACGAAUUAGAAGCCAUGCGCGCCGCUGCAAAAGAACGGCAAGCGCAAAUGCAGCAACCGCUCGACGCGGAUGGGAACCCAAAAUUGGUCUUCAAGGUGAAGCGAUCGCGCGAGUCGACGGACGAUUUAGUCGCUUCGGCGGAUGGCAAAGACGUCGCGAUGGACAAUGCUGACAAGCAAACGGAAGGAACGAAACCAGCGGUGGAGAUGACGACUGGUACUGAUCCCACCGGCGGAGAAGAUGAAGAACCCGACGCGAAACGCCCUGCGCCCGAAGACGCCGCCGCGAGCGCCACGCCGCUCGGCGACCAACGCCGCAUCGCCCUUAAUAAAGUCGUCAAUGUCGAAUACGGCGGCGACAAGACCGUCCUUCGCUGGCUCGACACCCACGGCUGGGGUCAUUACGCCGGUUCGUUCGCCGUCUACGGCGUCUCCCGCCGGACCCUGAACUACCUCUCGAUGACAGAUUUGGAAAACAUUCAAGUCGACGCGCCGGCGCGCGCGCAAAUGUUCAGAGCGCUCGAUCGCCGUCGCAAGCGCAACGAAAAGUACCGCUUGAACGGCACAUGA